GUCUCGCUGGUGACGUCACUGCCGCGCCGCCCAUCUUCGCGGCCGCCCGAGCCCACUGCGCAGCUCCGCGGACCCUCGGUCGCCACCGCCAAAAUGUCUGCAGGUGGGCCUUCCGGUUCAAGCACUGCCACUGGCAGUAAUCGAAGACUACAGCAGACACAAAAUCAAGUGGAUGAGGUGGUGGACAUCAUGAGGGUCAAUGUGGAUAAGGUGUUAGAGAGAGACCAGAAGCUCUCCGAGUUAGACGACCGCGCAGAUGCACUGCAGGCGGGAGCUUCUCAGUUCGAAACAAGUGCUGCCAAGCUGAAGAGGAAGUACUGGUGGAAGAACUGCAAGAUGUGGGCCAUAGGGAUUAGCAUCCUGGUGAUCAUCAUCGUUGUCAUCAUCGUGUGGUCUGUCUCUUAAUGAGGAGCUGGUGAAACUCAAGCCUGCUGUUCGGAAACCUCUUGAAGACUUUCGACUUAGAACUUGCUCUAUUAUCAAGCUUACCUACUGUUAUUUGUAAAAAUUAUUUUUGUUAGUUCACAUACAGUUCAGUUUGUAGGAAAUGUGCCCUUUUUUGAAUAUGCACUCCGAACUUGAGGUGUGGCCAGCCCUGCCACAUUUUGCACAGUGCCUUUUUGCAGAUUUGCACGAGGCUGGAGAGGAGUUCUCAAGCCCUGCAGCGCUGUAACCAGCCUACGGUCACCAAGUACCUGCAUUGCCCCCAGAUAGGGGAAUCAGUUCCAAGUUAGCGAUCAUGGAUGUUAAACCGUGUUUACCAGACUUCCAACUGUGCCUUCCAGAAAGAACACUACCAUCCAGUGCAAACCUGUGACAGUCACAGGCUGUGCCUUAUUUUUGAUACUUUGCUGGUUCCUGAGGCUAACCCUUUCCUUUCCGUAAGUACUACUGACUCACUGUGUCUCAGCCCACGUGCUGGGAGCGAUAAGCUUUUAGAUAGGAAGAUGUUUUUCUUCUUUGAUAUCACUUGCUAAGAUCUUCCUUUAAGCAGAAAUAAUCCCUUUUGAAAAGUUUUUUAUAGAACUCUAUGACCAAAGUUUUUCUUAUGCCAAAAAAAAAAAAAAGCUAAAUACAAACAACAUAUCCUUAACUCUGUCCCAGACAGAUGAAUUCAGAAAGUGCCAAAUAGAACUCAAGGUGCCCUUCCUUCAGAAGGACGAUGUUAAUUAAUACUUCCGCAUCGUGGCCUUCCAUGCUUGUGAAGUGCUGUAGAGACAUAGCUUUUCCCACAGGGGUUAGACGUUUGAGCCUCUUCCAUCUUGGGCUGUGGACUCCAGUGUGCUUUUUAACAAUUACGUGACACCAGCCCUCAAGUAAGUCCAUCUGUGAACUCGACAUUUCCUGGCCCAGUCUUCAAAGACCAGAGCUUUUGAAAUUUGCUUUCUAUUUUUCCUCAUAUUCUACUUCCUAAAUCAGUCUCCUAAUUAUGCUCGGGGUGAGGCCACCACGCGCAACUAAACAAUGGACAGCUAACCAGAGAUGCUCGCUUUAUUCAUGUCCUACGCUGCACAGGCUGCUGCUUCGGGAGUAACUGUUGCCAUCCAAGAGACUUUUCACAUCAGGGUGUGGGCUUCAAGGAGGCAGAGGGAGGAGAAACACUUCCCCUGCUCUGUGGCCCUUUCAGUUAGAGUUCUCUAAAGUUCUGGCUCACCCAUGAAGCAGCCACAGCCCAGAAGGCCAGAACACACUUCUGCUGCUCUAGUACUGCUCCCCUAUCUCACCGAAAUGACUGGAUUUUGACAUGCCUUGCUGUACAUGGCUAAGAGAAAGCAGCUGUCAGGAUCAGGCCCAGGGGCUUGGGCUGGCCUGACUGAGCCUGCCUGCUCUCAUGGCGCUUGAUCCUCAGUCCCUGUAACCCACAGGCACCUGCGUUUACACAACACCUGUUUGUAUCUGUGCAUUUAGCUGGGACCUUCCUGGUGUAAUGACCUGAAUAAAGUGUUUAUAAACAG